AUGAACUCGGUAAUCAUAACCAAUAACAAGGGGCAAAGGCGUAAUCUCCAUUACAGAAUUAACAAGGGUGCUGUCACGUGCAUAACAUGUGACACUCAUGAAUGUGUGAGCUAUAAAAUGGAACAUAUGAAGGUGGACCAGAAAAGCAGAAGGUGUAGGAAAGCUGAGACAACCAACUCUGCUGCAGCCAUGGAAAACGUCCUCCUCGACGACAGCAUUGUCGUAAACGGAACUUGCUUAACAGGCGCAGAAUUUGACUCCAAAUUGUCUGAAUUUACAGGACAUGUGGAUGGGACUGGAGAGAUUGUGGGGACUGAGGUUGAGGGAGAUUCAUUGUGGGUUAAAGUUAGGACUGAUAAAGAGUUGUUGAAGUACAUUGUGCCAAAAGGGUUUAUUGCGGUGGAUGGGACUAGUUUGACUGUGGUGAACAGAUAA